UGAAACAUUGUUUUCUUCUCUAAAUUCUAAAUUAUUAUGCAGGGUCAAAAGCCCAUUUCUGUUCAGUCCAUACCCAUAAAACUCUACACACCUACAUAGCCGCCGGUUGCUGCCUCUUUCCUUCACUGCACUCAUUUUGCAGAGCUAAAAAUUCACCACCAACAGAUCUAUUUUAUCAAAGCUGCUAUGAGUGAAUUGGCAACUGAAUCAAAUGAUGAGAAUUCAAGCUCCCAAGAAGCUAAGAAGCCCCAGAUUGAGCCUAUUCGGAUGCCUACCGUGGAGGAAAUAAAGGGCCAAGACAUUUGGAACAACUGUGCAGUUCGUAGUGUUGUUAGCGGAGUCAUGGGAGGGGGACUUGGGUUGUUCAUGGGUAUGUUUCUUGGUGCACUGGAUAACCCAAUAAUGCAAGAGGAAAUGACUACUAGAGAACAAAUUGUAUACCAAGCAAAGCAGAUGGGUCGAAGGAGUUGGAGUUCAUGCAAGACUUUUGCUGUUAUGGGUUUGGUUUUCUCUGCUGCUGAGUGUACCGUUGAGAAGGUACGGGCAAAGCAUGACAUGACAAAUACAGCAGUUGCAGGGUGCGUAACAGGUGGCACAUUAUCAGCUAGAGGUGGACCAAAAGCUGCGUGCAUGGGUUGUGCUGGCUUUGCGACAUUUUCAGUCCUGAUAGAGAAGUUCUUGGAUAGAUAUCACUAAUGCAGGUUGACAAGAUAGAACAUUCUUCAGCCUGGGUGAUGGAACCUACACCAACCUACUUUACAUUUAGAAUCAGAUUUUUUUUUGGACCUCCCCCCCCCCCCCCCACACACCCACACACACCAAAACUAUCAGACUAAUUGUUCCCAUUCCAUGACAGUGUACAAUGUUGUAGACAUGCCUUGCCGCUCACUUUCAUAGUCAUAUUUGCCUUCUGUGUUUUGAGGAUUCAUCAUAAAUUAACUUUAAAUGAAGAGAAGAUUCAUAUAGUCGAUUCCAAUUUGUUUGGGGCUGGGAUGUACUAAAUUUUGAUUUGCCUUCUGUGCAUUCCUUGAGUUUGUGCAUCUUGUCCCAGAAACUUGUUUAUGUGUUGUAUGUAGUGUAUUCAUUCAUACUCUCAAAGGCAAGUCGAAAAAACAUCUCGAAGCUGGACUUAUGGACGAUGGCUAUUCUCAUGAUUCUCUCCUUACGACGAGACAUGAGAUAGGUGGAUUCAUUUUCUACCCGAAUGGACAGUCGUUUGGUGAAGACAGUUGGCGCGAAGCAUCUGAAGCAGAUUGUUGUGUGUCAACACAUUUUCUAGAAUUGUUUAAAACUCAUUCAUCGAUCUUAAAUAUAAAAUACUUGAAUGAAACUAUUGAUGUAUUUGUGAUGAAUCCACAUUGUGUUGUGUAGUUUAAUUUUGUGUUAAAGAUGCAUUGAAGCUUAUAUUAAGGGAUAAGGGGCAAGAUCGAUUACUGCUCCUUUAAUGAAAA